CUUUCUCCACAGAUAGAUGAACACUAAAAAUCAAAAUCUAGAUAAAGUUUACAAACAGAAGAUGAUGAUGUGAAAAUAAUUUGAUAUCCAUGACUCCACAAGGUUUCGCAAUUGAUGAAGAAACUGUUCCUUCACAUGGCAGUACGGCAGCAUGACACCAUGGCAGGAUGCACAUGCACCAUUCCAGGAGAAAUGAUUGGUAUGUUAACUUUUGGAAAUAUUGGGUUUCUACUUUUGAAGGAAUAUUUUGUAGAGAUAUUCAAGGAACAUUAUAAGUUGAUUCCAACUUUCAAGGAAUAAUAAAAAGCCAACAAAAUACAUGUUCUAAUUCUCUUAUUUUAGGAUGAAUUACCUAGUGCUCACCUUAGGCGGUCAAAUUUUAUGAAAAAAUUGCAUUUGCCUUUUUAUAGAGUGCCAAUAUCUUCGAACCUAUUGGAAUCUAGUGAACCUUUUCAUGCAUAAUGGAUAGACCAGACAGCCAGAGCUAGUAGAAGCUCAUCGGCAGGAUAUCAGACACGUGCAUAUAAGCCAAAAUAAUGCUCCAUUUCAUGGAAAGCUACAUCUAGACUAUGGCGACCAAAAGCAUAUCAACAUCUCCAUCACUUAGUAUACGUUUCCUAUUUUGCUUGGCCAACAAUACAGACACAACAAGGUGGUCAGCUAUGGAUAAUUUAAUACAUAGGAUCACAGACACAACAAGGUGGUCAGCUAUGGAUAAUUUAAUACAUAGGACCAUGUGAAUGAUUACCAAGAUAACCUUCUCUUUGGAAAGGGACUCCUAUGGUAAACAGAUUACAAAUUUGCUGAUGUAGAGUCUGAUGCAACAACUUGGUACACUUUAUAUGCACACCCGAUGGACAAUCUGGCAUCCAUAAGAGGUAGCAAACUUUGAUCCCACAAACUGUUCGUAGCCAUAACAGAAACAAACUCCAUGGUUGCUCCUCCUCAACCUCAUGCCAUGGUGCUACCCUUCCCUGCACAAGGUCAUGUCAUUCCACUCAUGGAGUUGUCCCACAGGCUUGUUGAACAUGGGUUCAAGAUAGACUUUGUAAACACCGAGUUCAACAACGAGCGUAUCCUCAAGUCCUUGGAAGACAAAGGAACCAUCCCUGAGGGAAUCCACAUGCUAUCCAUUCCAGAUGGUUUGGACCCUGCUGAUGAUCACACAGACAUUGGCAAGUUGGUCGGGGGCUUAUCAGCUGCCAUGUUCAGUCCCCUUGAGGAGAUGAUCAGAAUCAAGAAGAUAAAAUGGAUGAUAGCAGAUGUGUCCAUGAGCUGGGCGCUAGAACUGACCAACACAGUGGGCGUACGUAUUGCCUUGUUCUCAACUUACUCAGCAUCUGUGUUUGCACUAAGGAUGAAACUUCCCAAACUGAUAGAGGAUGGUGUAAUUGAUGAAAGUGGGAACGUGAAGAGGCACGAGAUGAUUCAACUGAUGCCACCCAUCGACUCAACCGAGAUCCCCUGGGUCAGCCUCGGCAGCACCCAGGAGAGACGCAGAGUCAACAUCCGGAAUGUCCUCAAGACUAACCGAUUGAUGGCACUUCCUGAGGCUAUCAUCUGCAACACAUUCAGAGAGGUGGAAUCUGAAGCGUUGGCUGUUCUCCCCAAUGCGUUGCCCGUCGGUCCGCUGGUAGCACCCAUGUCGAGGCCGACUGGUCAUUUCUGGCCUGAAGACCAGACCUGCCUCACCUGGCUUGACACACAAGCCCCAAGCUCCGUCAUCUACGUGGCAUUUGGGAGCUCCACUGUCUUUGACACGACAAGAUUCCAAGAACUUGCCAACGGACUUGCGUUGUCUGGUUGGCCAUUCGUAUGGGUGGUCCGGCCAAACUUCACCAAAGAAAUCGAAGAAGAGUGGUUCAAACAAUUCAAGCACAGUGUCGAUGGCAAGGGAUUGGUCGUUUCUUGGGCGCCCCAGCAAAGGGUACUAUCACACCCUUCAGUAGCUUGCUUCAUGACGCACUGUGGGUGGAACUCGACAAUGGAAGGUUUGCUGCAUGGUGUCCCGUUCUUGUGCUGCCCCUACUUCGCUGAUCAGUUCUGCAACCAGAGCUACGUGUGCAACGUGUGGAAAACAGGCCUCAAGCUUUGUGCCAAUGAGCAAGGGGUGGUCACAAAAGAGGAGAUCAGGAACAAGGUCGCGCAGCUGCUGGGAGACGAGGAUACCAAGGCGAGGGCAGUUAUGUGGAAGAACAAGGCAUAUGCAAGCAUCAAAGAGGGAGAAUCCUCACAUGAGAACUUGCUCAAACUUGUGAAUUUGCUACGAGAAGUCUGAUAUUUCAGAAUUCAGAAUUGUUGCAAUAAUGAAGAGUUGGGUUCCGUGAUUGAUUGUUUUUAUCUAUGUGUGCGAAUUAGAUGUAUAAGACCUUGUUUCUCUAAUUUAGAGGGAGUCAUUCAUAUAUAAUGCAUACACCCUUUGUAUGCUUUAGCGUAUAGAAA